UCUGCAAGAGAGUGCGGCCGCGACCGCGACCAUGGGCGGGAAGAACAAGCAGCGGACCAAGGGGAACCUCAGGCCUUCAAAUAGUGGUCGAGCUGCAGAACUCCUUGCCAAAGAACAGGGAACAGUGCCUGGAUUUAUUGGUUUUGGAACAUCUCAGAGUGACCUAGGCUAUGUUCCUGCUAUUCAAGGAGCUGAAGAAAUUGACAGUCUUGUAGAUUCUGAUUUCCGGAUGGUGCUACGGAAGCUUUCUAAGAAAGAUGUCACAACAAAAUUAAAAGCAAUGCAGGAAUUUGGAACCAUGUGUACAGAGAGAGACACAGAAAUUGUAAAAGGAGUUCUGCCAUAUUGGCCAAGAAUUUUCUGCAAAAUUUCACUUGAUCAUGACCGCCGGGUUCGAGAAGCCACACAGCAAGCUUUUGAAAAACUUAUCCUUAAAGUAAAGAAACACUUGGCUCCCUAUUUAAAAAGUUUAAUGGGUUAUUGGCUAAUGGCUCAGUGUGAUACUUACACACCAGCUGCAUUUGCAGCAAAAGAUGCAUUUGAAGCGGCUUUCCCUCCAAGCAAGCAACCCGAAGCCAUAGCAUUUUGUAAGGAUGAAAUUACNNAGGUGCUGCAGGAUCAUCUUCUAAAAGAAACACCUGAUACACUCAGUGACCCACAAACUGUUCCAGAGGAAGAAAGAGAAGCUAAAUUCUACCGGGUUAUAACUUGUUCCUUAUUGGCAUUGAAGAAAUUGCUUUGCCUCUUACCUGAUAAUGAACUUGAUUCUCUGGAGGAGAAAUUUAGGUCUCUUUUAUCACAGAAUAAGUUUUGGAAGUAUGGAAAGCACAGUGUACCUCAGAUUCGCUCAGCUUAUUUUGAAUUAGUUUCUGCUCUGUGCCAGCGCAUUCCACAGUUGAUGAAAGAGGAAGCAUCCAAAGUGAGCCCAUCAGUCCUACUUAGCAUUGAUGACAGUGACCCAAUUGUCUGCCCAGCUCUCUGGGAAGCUGUACUAUAUACACUUACAACUAUUGAGGACUGUUGGCUUCAUGUAAAUGCAAAAAAAAGCGUGUUUCCCAAGCUGUCAACUGUGGUUCGUGAAGGUGGUCGGGGUCUAGCUACUGUUAUAUAUCCAUAUCUUCUACCAUUCAUCAGCAAACUCCCUCAGUCCAUCACAGAUCCAAAGCUGAAUUUCUUCAAAAAUUUCCUCACCUCGUUGAUCCCUUUUAUUGAUGCAGUUCUCAGAGACCCAGGAUUGCAACACGGGCAGCUAUUUAACCAUUUAGCAGAAACUUUAAGUUCCUGGGAAGCCAAAGCAGACAUGGAAAAAGAUGAUAAAAUGGCUCACAAUUUGAAGAAUGUACUGCUACAUUUCUGGGAAAAACUGUCAGAGAUCUGUGUCGAGAAAGUCAAUGAACCAGAAGCUGAUGUUGAGUCCAUUUUAGGUGUAUCAAACCUAUUACAGGUCCUUCAGAAGCCAAAGAGCUCAUUGAAGUCAAAUAAAAAAAAAAAUGGUAGGGUUAGAUUUGCUGAUGAGAUACCUGAAACUAAUAAAGAGAAUGAAAAGUGUGUAUCUUCAGAAGGAGAGAACAGUGAAGGCAUGGAAUUAACGACUGAACCCUCUCUCAAUCAUAAUUCUUCAGACCUUUUGUCUCCUUUAAGGAAAAAACCUUUGGAAGACUUAGUCUGCAAACUCGCAGAGAUGAGUAUUAAUUAUGUCAAUGAACAAAAGUGUGAGCAACAUCUAAGAUUUGUUUCUACUCUACUUGACUCCUUUUCUUCAAGCAAAGUAUUUAAAAUGCUUCUUGGUGAUGAAAAACAGAGUAUUGUUAAAGCCAAACCUCCUGAAAUAGCCAAACUUGCACAAAAAAAUCCUGCAGUGCAGUUUUUAUACCAGAAACUAAUAGGUUGGCUAAAUGAAGACCAAAGGAAGAAUGCUGGUUUCCUGGUAGACAUUUUGUACAGUGCCCUUCGUUGCUGUGACAAUGACAUGGAAAGAAAAGAUGUCUUGGAUGAUCUAACUGAGCAAAAUUUAGGUGAGGAAGAGAUUGAACAGAUGCUCAUCAAUGAUCAGGUAUUUAUAAUUCUUCAAGUCCUCCUGUCUGCUGUCGAUGAUUUGCUAAAUACACUUCUGGAGAGUGAGGAUUCUUAUCUUCUGGGAGUUUAUAUUGGAAGUGUAAUGCCAAACAACAGUGAAUGGGAAAAGAUGAGACAGUCUCUUCCUAUGCAGUGGUUACAUAGACCUCUUUUAGAGGGAAGACUGAGUUUGAAUUAUGAAUGUUUCAAAACAGAUUUUAAGGAACAAGAUACAAAGACACUUCCCAGCCAUUUGUGUACUUCAGCAUUGUUAAGCAAAAUGAUCUUAGUUGCACUGAAAAAGAAAAUAGUCCUAGAAAAUAAUGAGCUUGAGAAAAUAAUUGCAGAACUGCUCUAUUCACUGCAGUGGUGUGAAGAAUUAGACAAUCCCAUUUUUCUAACUGGAUUUUGUGAAAUGCUUCAAAAAAUGAAUAUUACAUAUGAUAACUUACGUGUACUUGGUAAUACUUCUGGCCUUUUGCAGCUGUUAUUUAACAGAUCCAGGGAACAUGGCACACUUUGGUCUCUUAUUAUUGCUAAAUUGAUCACUUCCCGAAGCAUUUCAUCUGAUGCAAUAAAACCACAUUAUAGGAGAAAAGAAGGUUUUUUCCCACUAAAUGAAGGCAAUUUGCAUACCAUUCAAAGUCUGUGUCCAUUUUUGUCAAAAGAAGAAAAGAAAGAAUUUAGCGCUCAAUGUAUACCUGCGCUUUUGGGCUGGACUAAGAAAGACCUUUGCAGUACUGAUGGAGGUUUUGGACAUCUUGCCAUUUUCAAUUCUUGUCUGCAAACCAGAAGCAUAGAUGAUGGAGAGCUAUUACAUGGUAUAUUAAAAAUUAUAAUAUCCUGGAAGAAAGAACAUGAAGAUAUUUUUCUUUUCAGUUGUAAUCUGUCAGAAGCAAGUCCAGAGGUAUUGGGUGUAAAUAUAGAAAUAAUCCGUUUCCUUUCCCUAUUUCUGAAAUAUUGCUCAUCUCCUUUGGCAGAGAGUGAAUGGGACUUCAUCAUGUGCUCCAUGUUGGCUUGGUUGGAGACAACAAGUGAGAAUCAGCCAUUGUAUUCUGUUCCACUGGUGCAACUGUUCGCCUGUGUCAGCUGUGAUUUGGCCUGUGAUCUCAGUGCUUAUUUUGAUUCCACAACUCGGAAUACCACUGGCAGUCUUCCUACAAACCUAAUCAGUGAAUGGAAAGAAUUCUUUUCCCAAGGCAUCCACAGUUUGCUUUUACCUAUUUUGGUGACAGCUACAGGAGAAAACAAAGAUAUGUCUGAAACAUCCUUUCAGAAUGCAAUGUUGAAGCCCAUGUGUGAAACAUUAACAUAUAUCUCAAAGGAUCAGCUCUUGAGUCACAAACUUCCUGCAAGAUUGGUUGCUGACCAAAAAACAAACAUGCCAGAAUGUCUCCAGACUUUGUUAAAUACAUUGGCCCCAUUACUCCUCUUCAGAGCUAGGCCUGUGCAAAUUGCUGUUUAUCAUAUGUUAUACAAAUUGAUGCCUGAAUUACCACAGUAUGAUCAGGAUAAUCUAAAGUCAUAUGGAGAUGAAGAAGAAGAACCAGCCUUGUCACCACCAGCAGUGCUGAUGUCUCUUCUUAGCACUCAAGAGGACUUAUUAGAAAAUGUUUUGGGGUGUAUUCCUGUUGGACAGAUAGUUACUAUUAAGCCCCUGAGUGAAGACUUCUAUUAUGUUCUGGGAUACCUCCUCACUUGGAAAUUAAUACUUACUUUCUUCAAAGCUGCUUCAUCUCAGCUUCGGGCUCUGUAUUCGAUGUACCUUCGGAAAACAAAGAGUUUGAAUAAGUUGCUUUAUCACCUGUUCAGGCUCAUGCCAGAAAACCCAACCUAUUCAGAGACAGCUAUUGAGCUCUCAAAUAAGGACCCUAAAACAUUCUUUACUGAGGAACUCCAGCUGAGUAUUAGAGAAACAGCAACUCUGCCACACCAUAUUCCACACUUGGCUUGUUCAGUCUAUCACAUGACAUUAAAAGACUUGCCUGCCAUGGUUAGGCUGUGGUGGAAUAGCAGUGAGAAGCGUGUUUUCAAUAUUGUAGAUAGAUUCACAAGCAAGUAUGUCAGCAAUGUUCUUUCUUUCCAAGAAAUAUCUUCUGUGCAAACAAGUACGCAACUAUUUAAUGGCAUGACGGUUAAAGCUCGAGCUACUACUCGAGAAGUAAUGGCUACUUAUACAAUUGAGGACAUAGUCAUUGAACUUAUUAUACAACUGCCUUCGAAUUACCCACUGGGUUCAAUAACGGUGGAAAGUGGGAAAAGAGUUGGGGUGGCUGUUCAGCAGUGGCGGAACUGGAUGCUGCAGUUAAGCACUUACCUCACCCAUCAGAAUGGAAGUAUAAUGGAAGGCUUAGCAUUAUGGAAAAAUAAUGUAGACAAACGUUUUGAGGGUGUUGAAGAUUGUAUGAUCUGUUUCUCAGUCAUUCAUGGUUUCAACUAUUCUCUUCCCAAAAAAGCCUGUAGAACAUGUAAGAAAAAGUUCCAUUCAGCGUGCUUGUACAAAUGGUUUACAUCUAGCAACAAAUCCACUUGUCCACUCUGUCGUGAGACCUUUUUCUGAGAUUUUUUUCACUGGAAGUGAUUCCUGAAGUAAAUCAAACAAAGGCAUUGGUUUGGAUCAAUCUUAAAGUGGUGAUGUGUGGAAGCCAGUGACCGUUACCUUUACAGAGGACCUUUUCUGGAAAAUUAUUUUGGUUAAUAUAAUA